AUGUCCGCGCAAAACCCGCUUCAGGUGGUCAACAUCCCCUGGAGGAACAACAACUUCAGCCUGAUGAGCCGCGAGCCGCCGCUGUCCGACCAGGGGGAGACCAUCAUCGGUAUAUACCUGCUCAUACUCGGCUGGCUGUCAUGGUUCGGGAACAGUAUCGUGAUCUUCGUGCUCUUCAGGCAGCGCUCCACUCUUCAGCCCACUGAUUACCUGACUCUGAAUCUGGCUGUUUCUGACGCCAGCAUCUCGGUGUUUGGAUACUCGCGCGGCAUUUUGGAGAUCUUCAACAUCUUUAAGGACAGUGGCUACAUCAUCUCCUCCGUCUGGACCUGCCAGGUGGACGGGUUCUUCACGCUGGUGUUUGGUCUGAGCAGCAUCAACACACUGACGGUGAUCAGCAUCACACGCUUCAUCAAAGGCUGCCACCCUCAUAAAGCUCACUGCAUCACCAACUCCACUGUUGCGGUGUGUGUGGUCUUCAUCUGGAUCGGUGCAUUCUUCUGGUCGGCGGCGCCUGUUCUUGGAUGGGGAAGCUACACCGAUCGCGGAUACGGCACGUGUGAGAUCGACUGGGUGAAGGCAAAUUACUCCACCAUCCACAAGUCCUACAUCAUCUCCAUCUUCAUCUUCUGCUUCCUGGUGCCGGUGCUGCUGAUGCUCUUCUGUUACGUCUCCAUCAUCAACACGGUGAAGAGAGGAAACGCCAUGAAUGCGGAUGGAGACCUGAGUGACCGCCAGAGGAAGAUCGAGAGAGACGUCACCAUUGUAUCGAUCGUGAUCUGCACCGCCUUCAUCUUAGCCUGGUCCCCGUACGCUGUGGUCUCCAUGUGGUCCGCCUGGGGUUUCCACGUCCCCAACCUGACCAGCAUCUUCACACGACUCUUCGCUAAGUCCGCUAGCUUCUACAAUCCACUCAUCUACUUCGGCCUGAGCUCCAAGUUCCGCAAGGAUGUGAGUGUGUUGCUACCCUGCGGCGGUGACGGCCGAGACCCUGUGCGUCUGAAGCGAUUCAAGCGUCUGCGAGGCCGAGCGGAGCCGCCGGGGGCCCCGGCACACACACCGCACCCGCAGAUCGCUCUCAAAAACUACAACAACCACAGCAAACCACACGCUGGUCCCGCCCACUGCACUGGACACGCCCCCAGCCCAGACUCAGGAGUGGGCAGUCAUCACGACACUCCGCCUCCGCAGCCUCGCCCACAGCUGUUCUUCAUCGAUGUUCCGGAGCCAGAGGCGGAGUCAGAGUGUGUGCGACUCUGA